CCAUAUAUAAUAGAUGAUGGGGAGAAGACAGGCCGACACUCGAUAAACCCUAAUUUCUCUCCGGUUUCGUGAUUUUCUCGGCGGCGAUGGAACUACGGUCCCGGAAAAAGCCUACUGCAGUCACCGAUGAAGAUGCGAGGUCUGAGGAAGACAUUGAUUUUGACUUGAAUAAAGAACCCUAUGCAUCAUCUUCAUCAGAUUAUGAUCCGGUCAGCUCCGAUUACGAAGGUGAGGAAGAUGAGUUCCAUGGAGAGGAGGAUUUUCCAGAUCCUCCCCCUGCCCCUGCCCCUGCCCCUGCCCCUGCCCCUGUCCUUGUCCCUGUUGGAAAUGGCAAUGGGGGGAGGAGGAGCACAAAAAGGAAAAGAAAAAGCGAGAAAGCAGUGCUAUUGUGGGAGGUCUGGGAAGAAGAGAACGAGAGAUGGAUUGAUGAGCAUUUUACCGAGGAUGUUGAUUUGGACCAGCAAAAUGCGGUGAUUGCUGAAACUGCUGAGCCAUCUUCAGAUUUGAUUAUGCCUCUACUCAGGUACCAAAAGGAAUGGUUAGCUUGGGCAUUGAAACAGGAAAACUCAAUUGGAGGGGGCAUUCUUGCAGAUGAAAUGGGAAUGGGAAAGACCAUACAAGCCAUCUCUCUAGUUCUUGCCAGACGGGAGAUGGACAGAACAAAAUUUUGUGAGGCAAUGGGGUACACACUUGUACUUUGUCCUCUGGUUGCUGUGUCACAGUGGUUAAGCGAGAUUAAUCAGUUUACCACCCCUGGAAGCACAAAGGUACUUGUUUAUCAUGGCGUAAAUAGGGAGAAGAAUAUCAAAGAGUUUAGGAACUAUGACUUUGUUUUAACAACCUAUUCAACUGUUGAGAAUGAAUAUCGGAAGUUUAUGAUGCCACCCAAGGUGCAGUGUGAAUAUUGUGGCAAGUCCUUUUAUCCAAAGAAGCUUAAAAUCCAUCUGAGGUAUUUUUGUGGACCUAAUGCUGUCAAAACUGAGAAACAAUCUAAGCAAAAGAGGAAGAACUUUAAAGCCUCAUCGUCAAAGAAGAGUGAAGAGCCUGAUAAAAAUAAGGCUGAUGCGAGAGUGCAUGACAAGAGGAAGGGAAUUAGGAAGAAGAGCAAGCAAAGUGUGGAAGCCGAUCAGUUUGAUCCAUUGGCUAGAGACAAGUCUCCUUUGCACUCUAUUAAGUGGAAUCGGGUCAUUUUAGACGAGGCUCAUUAUAUAAAAGAAAGACGCAACAACACUGCAAAAGCUGUUUUUGCUUUGGAGGCUGCGCACAGAUGGGCUUUGAGUGGUACUCCUCUUCAAAAUCGCGUUGGAGAGCUUUACUCCCUGAUACGCUUCCUGCAAAUUCAUCCCUACUCUUAUUACUUUUGCAAGGACUGUGACUGCAGAGUGCUUGAUCAUGCUGCACUUACCAAGUGUCCCAACUGUUCCCAUAGCUCUGUGAGACACUUCUGUUGGUGGAACAAAUAUGUGGCUACACCAAUUACAUUGUAUGGAAAUGGAAUCGGUGGAAAAAGAGCCAUGAUAUUGCUCAAGCACAAAGUUCUGAAGAAUAUUCUCUUAAGACGUACUAAAAAGGGCCGGGCCGCUGAUCUCGCAUUUCCUCCCAGUAUUAUCUAUUUGAGGCGAGAUUCCCUGGAUAUAAAAGAGGCUGAUUAUUAUGAAUCACUAUACAAAGACAGCCAGGCAGAAUUUAACACAUAUGCUCAUGCCGGGACAUUAAUGAAUAACUAUGCGCAUAUAUUUGAUCUCCUUACCCGUUUGAGACAGGCUGUUGAUCAUCCCUACCUUGUAGUGUAUUCCAAUUCUGCUAUGAAAAAUUCUAACUUGCCGGAUAAUACAAAAAAUGAUCAAGAAUGUGGUCUCUGCCAUGACCCAGCUGAGGAUCAAGUUGUGACUUCUUGUGCACAUGUGUUCUGUAAAGCUUGCUUGAUUGAUUUUUCUGCGUCCCUGGGAAAAGUUACGUGCCCGACAUGUUCAAAAUUACUUACUGUGGAUUGGACUACUAAACCUGACGCUGGAGGUCAGGCAAGUAAGACAACUAUUAAGGGAUUCAGAGCCUCUAGCAUUUUGAAUCGUAUAAAGCUGGAUGAUUUCCAGACAAGCACAAAGAUAGAGGCUUUGAGGGAAGAAAUCAGACUCAUGGUCGAGAGAGAUGGGUCAGCAAAGGCGAUCGUAUUCAGCCAGUUCACAUCAUUCUUAGAUCUCAUAAAUUACUCCCUGGGGAAGUCGGGGGUGAGUUGCGUCCAACUGGUGGGAAGCAUGUCGAUGGCUUCGAGAGAUGCGGCUAUAAACAAGUUUAAAGAGGAUCCGGAUUGCAGGGUUUUCCUGAUGAGCUUGAAAGCUGGAGGGAUCGCUUUGAAUCUCACAGUAGCAUCUCAUGUGUUCAUGAUGGACCCAUGGUGGAAUCCAGCGGUGGAACAUCAAGCGCAGGAUAGGAUACACAGGAUUGGACAGUACAAACCUAUCAGGAUAGUGAGAUUUGUGAUAGAGAACACGGUGGAGGAAAGGAUUCUGAGGCUUCAAAAGAAGAAGGAACUCGUGUUUGAAGGGACGGUGGGAGGCUCCGAUGAGGCUAUAGGGAAGCUGACGGAGGAAGACAUGAGGUUUCUCUUCAGCACCUGAUCUUAGAUGAUGAGAACAAUCGACACCCUCAACUUUUGCUCUUCCGGCCCUCCCUCAAAGCCUCCUUUUCUUUUUGUCUGGAACCAAGCGUUUUUGUUUUGGACAUCCCCAUAUGUUAUAAAAAUAUACAUUUAUAUA